AUGCCAGUCUGUAACGUCAGCACAUACCAGAACGAGGUGGACGCAGCUAAUAACAAUGGGAUUCAGAUUUUUUAUAGAACAUAUGGCUGUGGCCCGGUUAAAGUCCUCUUGAUCAUAGGAUUGGCUGGGACACACGAUUCAUGGGGUCCACAGAUAAAGGCCCUAGCCGGAACGGUGACUCCUAACGACGAUGUAUCGCUGGCCGGUGAUCGGAGCAAUGGGAGUGGCGCCGCCGGUGGUAUAGAGGUGUGUGCCUUUGAUAAUCGUGGAAUGGGUCGAAGCUCCGUGCCCUCGAAAAAGUCGGAUUAUACGACAAAAGUUAUGGCAAAAGAUGCAAUAGCAGUAAUGGAUCACUUGGGUUGGGAAAAAGCCCAUGUCUUUGGCCAUUCAAUGGGAGCUAUGAUAGCUUGUAAGUUGGCUGCACUUGCACCUGAUAGAGUUUCGUCUUUGGCUUUGUUGAAUGUAACUGGUGGAGGUUAUGAAUGUAUACCGAAGCUCAAUUGUCGAACUUUGGCAAUUGCAAUCCGGUUUUUGAGGGCAAAAACUCCUGAGCAGAGGGCAGCUGUUGAUUUAGACACCCACUACACAAAGGAAUAUCUUGAAGGGUACAUUGGUCUUAAAAUGAGAAGAUCUAUAUUAUACGAAGAAUAUGUUAAAAACUUAUCAGCAACUGGUAUGCAGUCAACUAAUGGAUUUGAAGGUCAGAAAAAUGCAUGUUGGACACAUAAAAUGUCAAUAGAAGAGUUUGAAUCUAUCCGAGCUGCUGGAUUUCCUGUAUUAGUCCUUCACGGGAGACAUGACAUCAUUGCUCGGUUGAGCCAUGCGAAGAGGCUAGUGGAGAAAUUUUAUCCUUCUGCGAGAAUGGUUGAACUUCACGGUGGGCAUCUUGUGAGUCAUGAGAGAACUGAAGAGGUUAAUGAUGCUCUUCUUGAGUUGAUCAAGGCAUCAGAGAGUGCGAUAAGUUUAUAUAAUUGGACAAACUUGCCUAAGAAAAGCACUGGGUGUAAAGCUACUCGGAUAUCGUUUGGCAGUGCAGGAUGCGAGCGACAAAGUUGUUUUUCCUUCAUGGUCAACAUUGAAAAAAAGCUACGUAUUUUGCUAUUAUACUUUUUUGGUCAAUUCGAAUUGGCAUUCAAGCAUUUAUUUAGAGCCAUGAGGAUUCCAAAACCAGUCAAGGUAGAACCUGCUCUUUCAUAA